AUGGUUGUCGAGACGGUCCGCGACCCGGCUUUCCAGCGAAGCAGCAUCGACCACAUCGUCGAAAAGCUCAUCCGCCGCGCGGGACUCGGCGAAUGUCGGGCCCAGCAGCAGCUGGAGAACGCGCUGCGCCAGGCCACGCUUGCCAUCGUCGGCUGCCUCACCGGCUUCUUCACCGCCGCGCUGUCUCCCAACCCUGCUGCACUGGGACACCUCAAGGCCGCCCGCCGGCUCUUCCACCGCAUCGAGCGGCACCGAGCCACCAAGCCCGACGACGCGGCGUAUCUGGACCCCUUGCUGAACCAGCUGUGCGGGCACGAAGCCCCCAUCGAGAGCCUCGUGACAGCCCGGAGCUUGCGCGAUAAGAUGGUCUACGAGGCGGCCGACUUCGCGUCCCUGGGACCUCAGCUGGCCAAGGUACAGGAGUUUGUGCAGGCCCACGAAGUGAUCAAGAUCCGCGAUCGAUGGCGAGACCGCACAAACCAGGUCGAGUGGAGGGCCUUUUGGACGCUGCUCAUCUUUGGCGUCAUCUCCUUCGUGCUGACCGCAGUCCAGACCGCCCUCGCUGCUGCCCAGCUUCAAGCACAGUUGCGUUAG